UCCCACCAGUGUCCUCCUCCUCCUCCUCCUCCUCUUCGUCAGCCAGGAUGAAGCUGGUUCGGUUCAUCAUGAAGAACGCGGCUCUGGCGAGUGUCCCGCAGCACAUCGAGCGCUUCUCCAAGUUCUCCCCGUCCCCGCUGUCCAUGAAGCAGUUCCUGGACUUCGGCUCGAUCAACGCCUGUGAGAAGACGUCCUUCGUCUUCCUGAGACAGGAGCUUCCUGUGCGUCUCUCCAACAUCAUGAAGGAAAUCAACCUCUUGCCCGACAAACUUCUCACGACCUCGUCGGUGCAGACGGUUCAGAGCUGGUACAUCCAGAGCUUAAUGGAGAUCCUUGAAUUCCUCGACAAGAAUCCUGACGACCACAAAGUCCUGGGAGAGUUUGUCGACGCCUUGGUGACCAUCAGGAACCGACACAACGACGUGGUGCCCACCAUGGCCCAGGGCAUCAUCGAGUACAAAGAGGCCUUCUCCCAGGACCUAGUGACCAACCAGAACAUCCAGUACUUCCUUGACCGAUUCUACAUGAGCCGCAUCUCCAUCCGCAUGCUCAUCAACCAGCACACUCUCAUCUUCGACGGCACCACCAACCCCGUCCACCCCAACACCAUCGGCAGCAUCGACCCUCUCUGCCGGGUCGAGGACGUCGUCCAGGACGCCUUCCACAGUGCCAAGAUGCUGUGUGAACAGUACUAUCUCUGCUCCCCCGAUCUGAUUCUGCAGGAGAUGAACAAUAAGAAGAAGAACCACUCGAUUAACAUCGUGUACGUGCCCUCUCACCUCUAUCACAUGCUGUUUGAGCUCUUCAAGAAUGCUAUGAGAGCUACCAUCGAGACCCACGAGAGCAGCAACAACCUCCCGCCCAUUCAAGUCAUGGUGUCUCUGGGAGGAGAGGACAUGUCGAUCAAGGUGAGCGACAAGGGGGGCGGCGUCCCGUUUCGUAGGAUGGAGAACCUCUUCAGCUACAUGUACUCCACCGCUCCCGCUCCACAGAUAGGAGAGUACACGCGGCCUCCUCUGGCUGGCUUCGGCUACGGCCUGCCCAUCUCUCGACUCUACGCCAAGUACUUCCAGGGCGACCUGCAGCUCUACUCCAUGGAGGGCCACGGCACCGACGCUGUCAUCUACCUGAAGGCUCUGUCCACUGACUCCAUCGAGAGGCUGCCUGUCUACAACAAAACCGCUCUGAAGAACUACAAGGUGAGCCAGGAGGCGGACGACUGGUGCAUCCCCAGCAAGGAGCCCCUGGACCUGAGCACCUACAAGGUGGCCAAGUGAAAGUGUCCCGGUGCUGCAAGAGUCUCCCCAGUCUCGUGUCAUCGCUCUGCUGAGCCAGGAGGGGGCGCUUUGCUUUUAGCCUUUAGCUCGUUCUCCUUGUUUUCAGUCUCUGUCGUUCUGCUGCUUCUUCAUGAGAAAAUAGACAAAUAGGAAACAGAUACUAACACUCGUCACCACUGAGGCUUCGGAGGUGCAGCUCCGAUGUUGCUACAAGUCACUUUUUAUGCAUCAGCAGUGUUUGUGUGUGUGUGUGUGUGUGUGUGUGUGUGUGUAGCGGCAGCACCCAGCAUGCAAUGGGAGUAAAGAACGGUGUGAAUAUGAGUGGACUGAUGACGAGUAGCAGAAGCUGGUUUAAGUUUUCCCAUCUUAAGACAUUUAACAUGUUCUGACGUGUAAACGUUUGAGGGAAACACUGAAACCAGAUGUUGAGCAUUUGAACGAGAACCACUUCCUGUUGUCUUCACGUCUCCGAGGCCUUAAAGUAGCAAACUCACCCAAAGGCUCCUUCAUCGAAACUACUUGAACUAUUGAAACGAAUCCCUCUUGUUGCACGUUGGUACGUUUCCACUACUGUGAGACUGGGAAGUGUAGAUCUGAACAAAAUUAGCUUUUGUGAUUUCCAUGAUUUUCUUCCCUCUUGAGUCCAGACCGUGUUCUUUCAGUUUGAGAACAGGACUUAUUGAUUUCCCGUUUAGAUUCUCUAACUCUAAAUAUACAGAGGACAGAAGAAACCCAGAGAUUUAUGUGUGGACGUUUGUUCGCCCUUGUGAUUUUUUCAUUUCUUUAAAACCAUGGUAACCAGUGUUCCCACUGAGUGAUAAGAUACAGAGUUAUCUUAGUAUUAGUUCUUUUUUUUUCCCGGACAAGGAUGAAUGUAAUAAGUCUUCCGUGCAUUAAUUAGCAUUAAUUAUUAUAUAAUAGCAGCUGCAGCAGUGAAGGGCCCAGGUUCUCUCUGCUCUUCAGCUGAUUCCACUUCAGGCUGUUGAACCACAGGAGGUUGGAGUCUGAUGGAGAAAGUCUCUGAGGGUUUGAGACGCUGGGUCAUACGAGGACAAAGUGCGGAUGUGUUUUCUUUUGUAUUAUAUUUAUCUUAAUCAUACAGUAUGUGAAAGGUUAUUUUUAUAGCUACACAUUUGUGACUGAAACGAUUGUAAAUACUGUAAAUACAAACAAUA